AUGACACACAUGGAUAUGCUUGAAUUUGCUCUUCAAUAUGGGAGAGAACAUCCUGAAGCCACUAAAGAAGAAGUUUACGAUGCGUACAAAACAUCAAAGCAAGAGAAGUCUUCCACCGCAACACUUUCCCAUAAAGAAAAGUCUGACGUUGGCUGGGUCAAAGUCCAUAUGAAGUCGACUGAAGAUGGAAAUGAUGACAGCGAUGUUGAUAUAAUAUCCCAAUCAUCCAUAUCUACUCUUCCGACAUGGGCUGAAGAUGAAAACGAUGACAGCGAUGUUGAUAUAAUAUCCCAAUCAUCCAUAUCUACUCUUCCAACAUCGACUAAGCAAUCACGUAGCAUUUCUCUUGAUACAGCUUCUUCGAAACUCCCAGUCGAGCCAUCUGACUUAAUCAGACAGAACUGGCGCGAUGGUAGAUACAAACAUAUUUCGUUUCCUGGUCACGGCAGCAACGUGGUCACUUGUUUACAGUUCGAUUCUGAAAAGAUAGUCUCUGGAUCAGAUGAUCAAUGUAUUAAUGUCUAUGAAACAGCCACUGGAAAAUUAAUAAACCGUCUUGAAGGGCAUGGCGGCGGUGUCUGGGCAUUACAGUAUGUUGGUAAUACUUUGGUUUCAGGGUCAACGGACCGAACAGUACGCGUUUGGGAUAUCAAGCGUGGGGUAUGCACUCAUGCAUUCUCCGGACAUACUGGUACUGUAAGAUGUUUACAAAUAAUCAUGCCCCAGGCUACGAGCGAUUCUAGUAUAGUCGAACCUCCCAUUCCUCUAAUAGUCACUGGCUCUCGCGACUCCACACUUCGUGUCUGGCGUCUACCCGAUACCACUAAUGAUACCCCGUUCGCACCAUCCAAUCCAUCAUCUCCUUCUGAUAGCGUGUCACUUCAGGACAGUCCAUAUUUUAUUCGUACAAUUCAAGGACACACGCACUCUGUUCGUACUCUGGCUGGAGUAGGAAAUACUUUGGUUAGCGGGAGUUAUGACUGCAGCGUGCGAGUGUGGAAUAUUAUGACUGGAGAGUGUUUAUGGAAACUUACUGGUCAUACGCAGAAGGUGUAUUCGGUAGUAUUGGAUGCAAAAAGGAAUAGGUGCAUGAGCGGCAGUAUGGAUGGCAUAGUGAAAGUAUGGAGUUUGGAAGACGGAACUUGUGUUUGGUCUUUGGAAGGUCACUCAUCUCUUGUCGGCCUUCUUGAUUUUUCACAUGAUUAUCUCGUCUCGGCAGCGGCAGACUCUAGUCUGCGCAUUUGGAAUCCGAAUGAUGGCACUUGCAAACACGUGUUAACUACACAUACUGGUGCAAUCACUUGCUUUCAGCAUGACGAGCACAAGGUCAUAUCUGGGUCUGACGGUACAUUAAAAAUGUGGGACAUGAAGACAGGGAAAUUCGUUCGUGACCUAUUGACUGGGCUCAGUGGAACUUGGCAAGUGAGAUUCGAUGAACGCAGGUGUGUGGCAGCUGUACAACGAAACAAAGUCACAUUCUUCGAAGUAUUGGAUUUUGGUGUACAUAAUGUUGAAGAAGAUAAUAAUAACAUCACCGAAGAGAAUGGAGAAUGGAUUCCCAUUCGAUGGAGAUGCUAA